UGGCCACAGCAACGAAGUAUAACUCCGGUGUGCGUCGGUUUAUCCCCCUUGGCACUUUGCUUAGUGCUUUUGGGCCACUUCACUCCAACGCUGUCGACGUUAUAGUCAAUUUCUCGUCCAGUCCGCGGCCACUGCGGUGUUCAAUGAGUCCGGAGACUGCGCGCACCAGCCACCCGGGUACUGGGUACUCUUUUCGCAUCAUUUGCAGAUGGUGAAGACAAUUCCAUGAUUUUUUUUCCGUAAUUCUGCGUCUCAAAUGAUGAGUUAACGAGCAUUCCCCGAGACCCUCUGAAAAGAUAUGGCCUAGGGACGGAGCUAACAGGGACUCAAGACUACUGAUAAUCAAGGAAAUACCAAUAGCGUUGCGUUGACGGACAGAAAUGACGACGAGGUCGAAGGAGAAAGUUGUCGCGGCGUUCAGGAAGAUCUUCAGAGCGUCCGAGAAGAUCAGCGAUCAGGAGGGUGCCAGCAGCUCGAGCAGUUCACCUUCUAGGAGGAUUCUGAGUCGGCAUCAUCGGCCAGACGCUGUGACACCCUCCGAUGGGAAUCUGCCGGAUAAUCCGGGGACCAGCCACACCGGGAGCUGUUUUUUCAAGUCGAAAAAGAGCGGAAAUUGCUCGCAGCCCCCCAUAAACAUUCCGGAGCGCGGUGUGCGCCUUCGCCGUCUAAUGAAGGAGCUCAGUGAAAUUCAGCGGAGUCAGCACCGUCGGGAGUCGACGUUCACCGCUGAGCUAGUGAACGACAAUCUCUUCGAGUGGCACGUGAGGCUCCACAAGAUCGACCCUGAGAGUGAGCUGGCCGCUGACAUGAGGGAACUCGAUAUCCCCCACAUAUUAUUACACGUCAUCUUCCCCGAGACGUUUCCAUUCGCACCGCCCUUCAUGAGGGUCAUAUCGCCGAGGAUAGAGAAGGGUUUCGUAAUGGAAGGCGGCGCAAUAUGUAUGGAACUGUUGACUCCACGUGGAUGGGCGAGUGCCUACACCAUUGAGGCCGUCAUUACGCAAUUUGCCGCGAGCAUUGUGAAGGGACAGGGACGAGUGGCGAGAAAACCAAAGACGAAUAAAGAAUUCAAUCGUCGUUCAGCGGAGGAGUCCUUCAGAAGUCUCGUAAAAACCCACGAAAAAUAUGGCUGGGUGACUCCACCGCUCGCUGAGGGUUGAUCAGCCUCGAGCAAACUCGAAACGACAAGCAUUAACCGCAGGAUGCGACCAAACAUUGAACUCUUCAGCCAUUGAAAUUCAUCCCUACCUCUAUUUUUUAAUCCAGGAAAAAAAGGAAUUAUAUUGUCGAUUCGUCAUAGAAAAUCCGCUUUUUGCGCGACAAUUUUUAUUGAUAGAAAAAAAGAAAGAUGUUGUUCUAGUUUUUUAUGGCUGCCAAAUUCCUUUGUAUCACAUACGAUGAUUAGAGUAACAUGCGUGAUCAGUAAUUAUAAAUUUUCCAGGAUUUAUCGUCCAAAUUUUUGGAAAGGCACUUUCCCUGUUAUUACAAUUACGUUAGCAGUAAAAAUGUAAAUUUUCAAUCUACUGAAUGAUAAAUAAUUCUAGAAUCCAUAUCAUAUUGGCUUCCAGCUACAAUACAAAAAUGUUUAUAUAAAGAAGCUUAUUUUAAAUUAAAGAUAUAUGGGCUGAACGCGAAAUAAUCGCCUCAUUGUGUGAGAAAAUAACGAUAAUGGUGCAAUGAUUCGUCUUCAAAUGAAAAAAAACCUAGUCAUAAUGUAUUACAAAUAAGUAUUAUACUGUAUGUGCCAAAUAAAUAAUUAUGUCCCAAAAAACGAGAAAAAAAUCGACUUAAUAAAUAUAUUAGAUUCAUUUAUAAACCAUCCCGCGAGGAAUGCUCAAAUAUGCGUACAGUCUUAACUACUA